AUGGAUUCUCGCCGUCGCCGCUCCUCCGUUGGCAGCGGCGCCCAGACGGCCGACCAGGCCCUCGCCUCGCUGGGCUACAAGGCAGAAUUGCCUCGUCAUCUCUCCAUGAUGUCCAUCCUCGGCCUCUCCUUCGCAAUCAUGGCCGUUCCCUUUGGCCUCAGCACCACUCUGUACAUCACUCUCACCAAUGGCCAGUCCGUCACCGUCCUCUGGGGCUGGGUACUCGUCUCCCUCAUCUCCGUCUGCAUCGCCGCUUCUCUCGCCGAAAUCUGCGCCGUCUUCCCCACGGCCGGCGGCGUCUACUACUGGUCCGCCAUGCUAAGUUCUCGCGAAUGGGCGCCUCUAGUCAGCUUCGUGGACGGAUGGCUUACCCUCGUCGGCAACUGGACAGUGACUCUGAGCAUCAAUUUCUCCGGCGCGCAAUUGAUUCUGAGCGCCAUCUCCAUUUUCAACGAAGACUUUGUGGCGAAUACAUGGCAGACGGUGUUGUGCUUCUGGGCCGUCAUGUUGGUGUGCGCUCUGGUCAAUGCUUUCGGCUCGCGAUAUUUGGAUCUCAUCAACAAGAUUUGUAUAUACUGGACUGCUGCUAGUGUCAUAAUCAUUAUGAUUACCCUGCUCACCAUGGCCGACCACCGACGAUCCGGCGAAUUUGUCUUUGCUCACUACGACGCAUCAAGCAGCGGAUGGCCAACCGGCUGGUCCUUUUUCGUCGGGCUUCUCCAAGCUGCUUAUACUCUUACCGGCUACGGCAUGGUUGCCGCCAUGUGCGAAGAAGUACAGAAUCCCGAGCGCGAAGUCCCCAAGGCCAUUGUCCUCUCCGUCGUUGCCGCUGGCUUCACCGGCGUCAUCUAUCUCAUUCCGCUCCUCUUCGUUCUCCCUGACGUCCAGACGCUGCUCACUGUCGCAAACUCUCAGCCAAUCGGCUUAAUCUUCAAGAUCGUCACGGGAUCUGCGGCGGGCGGAUUUGGCCUCUUGUUCCUCAUUCUUGGAAUCCUGAUGUUUGCCGGUAUUGGAGCUCUCACGGCGGCUUCGCGAUGCACAUACGCCUUUGCGCGAGACGGUGCUAUUCCUGGUUAUAAGCUGUGGCGCAAGGUCAACACGUCCUUGGAUGUGCCCAUUUGGGCUUUGGUCCUGUCCACGGUGGUCGACUGCAUUCUUGGAUGCAUCUAUUUCGGGUCCUCCGCCGCCUUCAAUUCCUUCACUGGAGUCGCCACCAUCUGUCUCUCUACGUCAUAUGGUGUUCCCGUCCUCGUCAACCUCGUUCAGCGCCGUAAAGCUGUACAACACUCGCCCUAUCCCCUCGGUAACGUUAUGGGCCCCAUCAUCAACGUCAUCUGCAUCGUCUGGAUCGUCUUCUCCGUCGUCAUUUUCUGCAUGCCCGUCUCGCUGCCGGUUGAUGCCACGACCAUGAACUAUGCGUCAGUGGUGUUUGCUGGCUUUGGAGCCAUUGCCUUUAUCUGGUACUUUGCCUAUGCGCGCAAAAAUUUCACUGGUCCCCCAGUCAGGAGUGCGGGAGAAGAUGGUGAAAUCACGACGGUGGGAGUUCCGGUGGGCAGCCAUGAAGGAAAUGGCUCAGAUUCACCGACAACUAAUCCGGAAAAGGACCUCAAAUAA